AAGCAGAGUGUUUCACCAAAAUUAAGCGAAAGGAUCUUGCAACAGAUGACAAAGCACUAAAGUUCAAGUAUGAGUGGAAUGUUCAGGCUAGUUUUUGCAUUGUACCUUGUUUGUUGUGUUGCGACACAGCAAAAUUUCAAUUGUUACUAUGAGGAAAAGUUUUUAGCAAAGGUAUACCGCCUGGAAUACAGAGUAGAAAUGCUGGAAGAAAAAGCCAGUAAAGACGACAAAGAUGAUAAAGAAUGUAUGCAAUGCCCAGAUGGGUGGAUACAAUACAAAGGGUCCUGUUAUAUGAUUGUGGAAGAGAAACUAUCAUUUGAUAAAGCACGAGCCAACUGUCAAAAGCUUAAUGCUGAUUUAGUCCAUAUAGAAAACGCAGACGAGAACACGUUCAUUAGAAACCACCUUAAAACAUUGAAAG